AUCUCCCCACAACUCUCAGUCUUCCCCAAGGUUUCGUGGCACCUGCCGAAAAUAAAAAAAAUAAAAAAAAAAUUGAAAAUCAGCGAGAAGUCCAGAACCCUCCCCUAUCCCCAAGGCCCAAAGGCAAACGAAAAACCCAAUCCCCUGUCCUCAGUCCCUAAUCCCUUCCUUCCAUUUCCUCUAUUCCAAGUCCAAAUUUAGGGUUUCGAGAACCCCAACCCUACAAUAGCCCUUCCAAAUCAGACCUCUUUUUCGUUGCUUUCUCCUUCAUUUAGAUUAGGGAAUUUAAUUAAAAAUACUCCUUUUUAUUUUACAAAUCCACUGCACUCGUAGUUGUUCCUAAUUUCACCGGAACAGUAAGCAAAUAAAGAGGUAAACAGCGACAAUGGCGGAGCACUUGGCCUCAAUCUUCGGGACCGAGAAGGACCGCGUGAAUUGUCCCUUCUAUUUCAAGAUUGGAGCGUGCCGGCACGGGGACAGGUGCUCACGGCUUCACAACCGGCCGACGAUCUCACCAACUCUCCUGCUGUCGAACAUGUACCAGCGCCCGGACAUGAUCACCCCCGGAGUGGACGCCCAGGGCCAGCCUAUCGACCCCCACAAGAUCCAGGAGCACUUCGAGGACUUCUACGAGGACAUCUUCGAGGAGCUCAGCAAGUUCGGUGAGAUCGAGAGCCUCAACGUCUGUGACAACCUUGCUGACCACAUGAUUGGAAACGUGUAUGUUCAGUUCAGGGAGGAGGACCAGGCUGCAGCCGCCCUCCAGGCACUUCAAGGAAGGUUCUACUCCGGUCGGCCUAUCAUCGCGGAUUUCUCCCCAGUCACUGAUUUUCGCGAGGCCACUUGUCGGCAAUUCGAGGAGAAUAACUGUAACCGCGGGGGUUACUGUAAUUUUAUGCAUGUCAAGGUAAUUGGGAGGGAGCUAAGAAGGAAGCUGUUUGGGAGGUACCGCAAGUUCAGAGGGAGUCGGAGCAGGAGCAGGAGCGCCAGUCCACGCCACAGGCGUGAUAAGGAGUUUAGGGACCGGGACCGGGACCGGGACCGUGGUGAUUAUCGCGAUAGAAAUGGGCGAAGACCUGAUAGGCACGAUAGGGACAGCGGUAGUAGGAGAAAGCUUGGGAGUCCUAGGCGAAGCAGAAGUCCCGCACCUCCUGCUAGAGAAGGGAGCGAGGAGCGGAGAGCCAGGAUUGAACAGUGGAAUCGAGAGAGGGAAGAGAAGGUGUAAGAAGAGCUUUUUAUCUACAUUUUCAUUUUGCUUUUUGGCAAUCAUUACUGUUUGCUCGAUUCAGAUCAUGUUUUUAUUAUGCUUCUACAACUUGGAUUGAACUUUAGUCUUGAUUUGAGCGACUAGAAUGGUCUUUUUCUUGUAGUGUUAGUUUUAAAAGGUAGUACGUGUAUCUCUUUUGAAUACAUAGUUUUCUUUUCUUUUAGUUGUUGGUUAAAGUUUCAUAGCUUUGGAUUAGUGAGGUUUUCAUUCCUCCUCCUUUGUUAUUUUCUAAUAAUUUCGUUAUAUUAAUCCUCUUUUUUAGUUGGAUUCUUAAGCUUUCUUUUAUGUUCUACUUGUAAAUCUGCCUGAGGUUGAUCAGUGCUUUUGGCGGGGAAGAGCAAAGCUCUGCUUGCUUAGUGAGGUUUUCAUUCCUCCUCCUCUAUUAUUUUCUAAUAAUUUCGUUAUAUUAAUCCUCUUUGUUAGUUGGAUUCUUAAGCUUUCUUUUAUGUUCUACUUGUAAAUCUGCCUGAGGCUGAUAGUGCUUUUGGCGGGGAAGAUCAAAGCUCUGCUUGCUUAGUGAGGUUUUCAUUCCUCCUCCUCUAUUAUUUUCUAAUAAUUUCGUUAUAUUAAUCCUCUUUUUUAGUUGGAUUCUUAAGCUUUCUUUUAUGUUCUACUUGUAAAUCUGCCUGAGGCUGAUCAGUGCUUUUGGCGGGGAAGAGCAAAGCUCUGCUUGCUUAGUGAGGUUUUCAUUCCUCCUCCUCUAUUAUUUUCUAAUAAUUUCGUUAUAUUAAUCCUCUUUUUUAGUUGGAUUCUUAAGCUUUCUUUUAUGUUCUACUUGUAAAUCUGCCUGAGGCUGAUAGUGCUUUUGGCGGGGAAGAUCAAAGCUCUACUUGCUUAGUGAGGUUUUCAUUCCUCCUCCUCUAUUAUUUUCUAAUAAUUUCGUUAUAUUAAUCCUCUUUUUUAGUUGGA